AAUUCAAUUCACAAAAUAAGGCCCCCCAUUUUCUUUUCUUUUCUUUUCACACACAACAAGACGAAGUAGAGAGAGAAGAAAAAAAAAAGAUUAUCCCAAAUCUCAAUUUCUGCGGCCCCUUCUCUGCGGCGUUGUUGUCCCCCUUUGUACAUAUGGUUUCUUCCUAGCUCAGACCUCGCCCCCUCAUAAUUGCUUCGCACCAUCAAUUCAACGGAUAGAUUUGAAAUUUCUUCAAUUCGUAGCAUAUUUUGAUUUGGGCGAUGCGGCGCGGCAGAGCGGCGGCGGCGGCGGCGGUUCACGGCGGCCAGGUCAACGGAUCUGGUGCUGCUAAGGAGCUCAGGUUCCGCGGCGUCAGGAAGAGGCCGUGGGGCCGGUUCGCGGCGGAGAUCAGGGAUCCGUGGAAGAAGACGCGCGUCUGGCUCGGGACCUUUGACUCGGCGGAGGACGCCGCCCGCGCCUACGACGCCGCCGCCCGCACGCUCCGUGGCCCCAAGGCGAAGACGAAUUUUCCGUUUCCGGUGAGCGGCGUCGUUUCCCCCAAUUUCGACCACCGAAACCCUAAUCAGCCGCUGAUCGAUGAUAACCCUAGCGAUCCGUUCGUGGACUCCCGGUUUUACCCUCAGGAGCACCAUAUUAUACAGAGGCCGACCUCCAGCGGCAUGAGCAGCACGGUCGAGUCCUUCAGUGGGCCCCGCCAGUUGCCAAUCCUGCAGCCGCAGCCGAGGAGGUAUCCGCGUUCGCCGCCGGUGGCUCCGGAUGACUGCCGCAGCGAUUGUGAUUCUUCAUCAUCUGUCGUUGAUGAUACUGAGUGUGACAUCGCCUCUUCCUCUUGUAAAAAGCCUCUGCCUUUUGAUCUUAACAUGCCGCCGCCCGUGGACGCCGCCGAGGGCGUUGAUGCCGAUAUGGACGAGCUAGCUUGCACGGCGCUCAGGCUCUGACGCGUUAGAUGAUGAUGAUGGAUGGUCUUAUCAUUCGGAAGAAACCAUUUGGUUAAAUUACCAAGAUUUCUUUUUUUUUUUAUUUUCUUUUUUGGGGCUUCUUUGCCCCAUUUUUUUGUUUUUACUAGCGGAAAGAAAAAGAAAAAGAGGGGGAUGAGGAUGAGAAUGCUCGCAGAUUAGGAUAGAUGACUGAACGUUAUUAAGUCUAAGAGUCUGUCUUCUGUGAGUGUCUGUUGUUUGAAGAGAAUUCACUUGUUUCACAUUUAUAAACUCCAAUGUUAUUGAUAA